CACAGUCACCACACCCCCUAAACCCCCACGCCUACACCACUGAACACAUCGACGCCCAUGGGCACUCCGGUACAACGAACCGGGAAACGAAUAAACAAAUGAGUCAACAAUGUAUCUACAACGUAUCGACAUCCGGCCAAAUGCUGACACUAACAUCAGCAGACCAGACGGCAAGAAUGCCGAUGCAGCAUAAGAACCUAGCAUAACCCUUAUAUAUAAGAACUAUGUACUUAGAUUUGUAGGCUUCUUGAGAAGAACGAAAGAAAUAUAGAAUUACUCUUAAGUUUGAACCCAAAGCGUGAAGUUGUGUUACUGAAUCCCAUACAAGUGCCUGAACAAAAUCUCAUGCAAAGUGCCGACAGCCGACUAUAAGCGAACCACCCAACAUCUUUACUGCUGUUAUAUUCACCUCCCAUCAUUCGGCCCGAAUGGUAACUGGCGCAGCCGGUAGGAUGCUUUCCUACAUCUAUACAUUAACUUACCUAUAUUGAAUCACAUAAAAACCAUACAAACCUAUAUACAUUAAGAAAUUUAUACGCACAAAUACAAUAUAUACAUAUACAAUACAAUACAUACUUAUACACACUUAUAAAAAAUUCCACAUUAUAUUAAAACUUGUUCAUUAUUUUCUUUAAUAUAAAUUCCACAUCAGAAACAAAUUUUUUUUUAAUUAGGUUAAAUGUCCAAGAAAUUAACUCAGAAUAAAUGGAUUAGGCAGUCUCGUGAAAGCUGUCACGGGCAAUAUGGAUGCCGAAGACGCCAGAGAAAUAGGUAAAGACAUCGAAAAUAUUAAAAUAGCCCUUUCGACCGUUAACACAAAUUACCAAACUCAAGAUGUAUUCAAUAAUGAAAUUUUAAUUAGAUUCGAGAACAUUACAAAUCAUAUUAAUAAUGAACAAGUUCUAAUAACAACAUUCUUUGAAAAUAUGCAAAAUAAAAUUUAUAAAGAAGAAAAUACCUUGGAAAAAUUACAGUAUAUAAAUAGGAUUAACUAUAACUUAGAAUUACUACUUAAUCACUUGAACGAUAUAAUUGAAAGCAUGUUAUUAGCUAAAAUAAAUGUAAUACCUAGAUUUAUAUUAACCGAACAAGAAAUAUAUAAAAUUAAAAUGUUACUGGAAAAUCAAAAUAUUACGAUAAAAAGCGAACAACACAUUUACGAUUUGUUAAAAAUGAACACGUUAAGCUACGAAAAUAACAUAAUUUUUACUAUCCAAAUACCUAUUUUUGAAAAAGAUAAUUACAAAAUAGCCAGAUUAAUUCCCUUACCAAUUAAUAAUAAAUACUUUGUUAUGAUUCCUAACUAUUUAAUAUAUAAGAAUAAUGUUAAUAAGUACUACUUGACUCAAAACUGCCCCAAAGUAGACGACACGUUUAUAUGCAACAAAGACGCAUACAUCAACACACCGCAAAAUGACACCUGCACUCAACAAUUAUUGGAUUCCAAGAACAGCUCCUGCGAUGUGCAAGAGAGAGGCCCUGUUGCAGACGUAUUCGAGGCGGAAAAAGGCUAUAUUUUCGCAUUCAACGCCAAUAACCUGAAGGCUCAGCUAAAAAACGGUAGCGAAAUCACUAUAAAUGGCUCAGCUAUCAUCAAAUACGUGAACGAAACUAUACGCAUCAAUGGCAUAGAGUACGACAACGGAGUUGAGACAACCUUUGAGCACUUAGACCUAAUCCUACCCCCCCUUAAGGAAAUGACCAGGAAUAAAACUGUGGAAAUACUGAGUUUACAAAACAUUCACCUAGAGGCCAUAGAAACAUCAAAUAAGAUUCUGACUAUCCACCAAACCGCCACACAACACGCUUGGACCCUUUACAUUCUACUGGGUUUCGUCGCCAUCCUCACUGUUACUGCAUGGCUGCAUCGACGCACAAAACACGUAUUCCACGUACAGGAUCACAAUCACCACCUGCCUAUUUACGCUCCAGCAAUACCUUCGCUAUGGCCGUCGCUUCAAACUGGGGAGGGAGGAGUUACCACAGUCACCACACCCCCUAAACCCCCACGCCUACACCACUGAACACAUCGACGCCCAUGGGCACUCCGGUACAACGAACCGGGAAACGAAUAAACAAAUGAGUCAACAAUGUAUCUACAACGUAUCGACAUCCGGCCAAAUGCUGACACUAACAUCAGCAGACCAGACGGCAAGAAUGCCGAUGCAGCAUAAGAACCUAGCAUAACCCUUAUAUAUAAGAACUAUGUACUUAGAUUUGUAGGCUUCUUGAGAAGAACGAAAGAAAUAUAGAAUUACUCUUAAGUUUGAACCCAAAGCGUGAAGUUGUGUUACUGAAUCCCAUACAAGUGCCUGAACAAAAUCUCAUGCAAAGUGCCGACA